AUGACAUCAACCACUAGUACAACUGCAACACCUACUACAACUACUACCACUGCUACAACACCAACCACUAGUAAAACAGCAACCACUACUGCAACUUCAACAACUACAAUUCCAAGACCUACUACAACUCUAAGCACUUCUGCAACUCCAAGAAUUACUACAACACCAACCACUACCACAUCACUAAUAAUUACUACAACUCCAACCACUGCCACAACUCCAACUACUACUACGCAAACUACCACUUCUACAACACCAAACACUACUACAACACCAUUCACUACUGGAACCCCAACUAUUACUGCAGUUCCAAAAACUACUACAACAUCAGUCACUAGCACAACUCCAACAACGACUACAACUCCAACAACUACUGCAACACCAACCACUACUACAACAAUAACCUCUACAACUCCAACUCGAAUCACUACUACAACUACAACCACUACUACAAAUCCAACAACUACUGCAACAACUCCAAAAACUAGGAUGACGUCAACCACUAGUACAGCUGCAACACCUACUACAAAUACAACCACUGCUACAACACCAACCACUAGUAAAACAGCAACCACUACUACAACACCAACAACUACAAUUCCAACACCUACUACAACUCUAAGCACUACUGCAACUCCAAGAAGUACUACAACACCAACCACUACCACAACAGUAACAACUUCCACAACUCCAACCACUUCUAAGCCAAGCACCACUACAACCCCAAUAACUGCUACAAAUCCAACCACUACUUGA